AUACCCAUUAAUUUUCGUUAAAUCCUCACUCAGUCCCUGUCGACCGGAGCAAUCUCCCACCCAAUGGAUCACCGAGAAGAGGACCAAACCUCCACUCCCAGACGGAGCUGGAAGCGGAAAAGGGACCAUUCACCCUUAGAUCACAAAGAAGUCCAUUCCAACUCCAAGACAACAAGCGCCUCCUUUUCAAUUGCCCCGACCCUGCCAUCAUCUUCCGAAUUUCAUAAGGAUUACGAUGUAUACCUGCAUUUUAUGGGCGAAGACACCUGCAGGACCUUCGUUGAUCACAUCUACUAUGCCUUGGUACGGGCCGGAAUUGACACCUUUCUAUAUGACGUGGGUCUUUUUAAGGGGGAGGGUGUCUCUAGUCAACUACGUAAUGCUAUUCAAGGAUCAAGGAUCUCCAUUGUGGUUCUCUCCAAAAACUAUGCUUCUUCCAAGUGGUGCCUUGAUGAGCUUGUGGAGAUCCUGCACUGUAAGAAAACCAAAGGCUGCAUUGUUCUUCCAAUAUUUUAUCACAUAAAUCCCUCAGAUGUCAGAUGGCAGACUGGACCUUUAGCUAAAGCAUUUGCUAAUCAUGAAGAUCGGUUUGGGAGGGACACGAAACUGGUGCAGCGGUGGAGGGAAGCUCUUCAACAAGUUACACGUCUUUCUCGCUGGAAAGCCAGAAAUGCAAAUGGGUUUGACGCAAUGCUCGUCGACAGUGUUGUUUCUAAAGUUCUCAGGUUGAAGGCCAUUGACUUGAAUGUUGCCAUGGACCCAAGAAGAGAGGAUUCUGAUGCUGAAGAGAUAAAAACUUUACUAAAUCUUGGAACAAGUGAUGUUCACAUUGUUGGCAUCUACGGAAUGGCCGGCAUAUGCAAGACAACCUUAGCAAGAGCUGUUUAUAACCAAGUACGUGGUGAAUUUGAAGGGAGCAGUAUUUUAUCCUACAUUACAGAAAUUUCAAAAGUGCCUAAUGUUGAUCAAGGAAUCAUUUUGAUGAAGAAAAAUCUUCAAUAUAAAAGGGUUCUUGUUAUUCUUGAUGAUGUGGAUCACUUGAUACAACUGGAGGUAUUAGCUGGAAGUUCUGAAUGGUUUGGUCCUGGAAGUAGAGUCAUUGCAACUGCUAGAGAUGGAUAUUUGCUAAGCCAAAUGCAAGUAAAUGAAAAAUAUAGAGUUGAUGAUUUGGAGUCUUAUCUACAUUUUGUUCGGAAUGCUUCCAAUAUUCCCCCUCGAAUAGAAGAUGACCAUGAGCUCAUGAUUGGUGCAACACUUGCUGAAACUGCAAACCAUUCUGGCUGGGAUCUGACCAAGAGUGUUGCGAUUGGAUCACAUGAAUCAAACUUCACUACCGGUCAAAGCCCUCUAUCAUUCUCCAAAUCUAAUUCGAAUAGUUGGGAUCACGAUGUAUUCUUGAGUUUUAGAGGUGAAGAUAGGAUUAGAGGUGAAGACAUCCGCAAGAGCUUCCUCAGUCACCUCAUAUCUGCCUUGGAGCUAGCCGGAAUUCGUGUCUUCCUAGACAGCAUAAACCUCGAAAGAGGUGAGAACAUCCCUGACGGUUUACUCAAAGCUAUUGGCAGAUCAAGGAUUUCCAUUGUAGUUUUCUCCAAAUGCUAUGCUUAUUCCGAGUGGUGCCUUGACGAGCUGGUGGAGAUCCUGCAUUGUACAAACACCAAAGGGCACUCUCUUAUUCCAAUAUUUCAUAAAGUGAAACCCACGCAUGUACGAUACCAGACUGAAGAAUUUGACAAAGCAUUUGUUUUGCAUGAAAGCAAUUCUCAAGUGGAUGCGGAGAGGGUGCGUAGGUGGAGAGAAACUCUUACUAAAGCAGCAGACUGUUCGGGCUGGGAUCUUGAAAGUGAUGCAAAUGGGUUCGAAGCAAAGUUGAUUGAGAGGGUUGUUGAAGAUGUUUUGUGUAAAGUGAACCUAGUGGGAAUAGAUUCUUACACAAAAAAGAUUAAAGAUUUAUUAAAGCUUGGAACAGCCGAAGUCCGUGCUGUGGGCAUCUAUGGGAAGGCUGGAAUGGGUAAAACAACCUUAGCAAAAAUCACCUAUAAACAAAUCUGUGAUAGAUUUGAAGGCAGUAGUUUUCUUUCGGACAUUGAAGAAAUUUCAGUAGAACCUGAUGGUUUAGUUCGUUUACAGAAACAUCUUCUUCGUGAUAUCUUGAAAAUGGAGAAUUUCAAGAUCGACAGCAUUCAUGAAGGAAUCGAUUUGAUUAAAGAAAGUCUGCAAGGCAAAAAAGUUCUUGUUGUUCUUGAUAACGUGAAUCACAUUAAACAACUACAUGCAUUAGCUGGAAAUUCUGAGUGGCUUGGUCCAGGAAGUAGAAUCCUUGCAACAACUAGAGAUGAACUAUUGCUAACUCGACUCGGUGUGCAUGGAAAAUUUAAGGUUGAAGAAUUGAAUUAUUGGGAAUCUUUUAAGGUUUUCAAUUGGUAUGCCUUUGGGAAGGUUGAUGCAAGAGAAGGUUACCUAGAGCUUUCGAUUCGUGCAGUGGAGCAAGCUGGUGGAGUUCCAUUAGCACUUAAGGCUUUGGGUUCUUUUCUACAAGGAAGAAGUAUUGAUGUAUGGAAAAGAGUAUUAGAAUAUUUAGAGAGUGAGUCUUCACAAGGAGAUCCAGAAAAUACUUGAAAUCCCUUAGGGUAUCAGGGGACAGAAAAAUCCUAUCCAAGUGAUGAAUUUCUAUGGUUUCUUUUCCGUACGUGGUAUCUAUAUUUUCAUUGAGAGAUCCCUUGUGAUGAGUUGAUGAUAAAUAUAUGCAAGUUUUGAUUCCAGA